AUGACGGUGACAAGUGAUCGUGAUGACAAACGUCGAAUUUUGUACAAUGAGGGCUGGUCCGUUAUUUAUGGUGACCUUAUCAACGAAUGGGACGUAAUCACAGGCAUUGCUUCUAUCCCUUUCGGCGCUACUGGUGCCUGGUUUUCCCAGCAGGUUCAAGCUCAACUGCAGAAAUUCCAACAAAGCCUAAGUGAUGUCUCCGAUGAUAUCGUCAAUCAGGCAAGAGACUACCUAAAAGAUCUGUUACAACACAAAAACACCGGCGAGAGAAACUUUGAUGGAUUAGGGGUAAAAGUUGGAAUCCUCACGUACGAGCGUCGGCUGGAAGCCUUUGGGGGGUGGACAAAGCUGCCAGACAAUUAUCAGCCGUACUUGGCUCUGCGCAUUACCAAGCCUAUGACACCGAUCGGGCCGCCCAUAACCACAGAAGCCAAAAACCGACCCACGCCAUCCGGCGUCAAUCUUGGCUCCCGUCUCAAAACAAAUGGCCAGACAAUGAAUGAAGGUGAUUAUCUUCAAUCGGAUAAUGGUUUUUAUCGGUUCAUCUGUCAGGGUGAUGGAAAUAUUGUUCUGUAUGGGCCUGGAAACUCAGUUGUCUGGCAGUCACAUACCGAUGGGAGAGGUUAUCCACCUUUUCGCAUUGUCGCGCAGGCAGACCGCAAUAUCGUUCAAUACGACAGAAACAGUACACCGUCUUGGAGGACAGGAACCGGUAUAGCGGGAUCUGACCAUCCCGAAUGUGUUCUUGUCCUCCAAGACGAUCGGAAUUUGGUUUUUUAUGACCCAGCGGAUCAUUGGAAGGUUUUAUGGAGCACCAACACAGCAACAUGA